AUGGAAAAAGAACGCCAUGUUAGUAUUGAGUAUCUCUCAAAAGACAUAUUGGACGAAGACUUUUUGAAAAAUUUUGAGAAUUUUCAAAGAUUUCAAUUCGUAUUGGGAUCAUGUCGUGUGGUCGCCAAAGAUCGAUUUGUCACUGCGCCGACAGCACUUCAAAAACUAUAUACAAUUUUCGUCAUAACAUACGUUAUCUUCGGAUAUUAUUUAAUUAACCAAUACGAUCAAAGAUUUGAAGUGAAAGAAUUCGACGAAAUACUCUAUAAAGGUUUUAUGACGAACAGUGUACUUUUUUAUACAAUCGACACAAUUCAUUUAAGAUUCUUUUUUAACCGGGAAAACGCAAAAUUUUACGUGAAAUUAUAUCAGCUGGAUCGUUUUUUAAAGACCAAUUAUGUACAAGCUACAAAUACCAUAACCUAUUAUUAUUUCGUGGACUGUCCUUUAGAUUUGUAUUUAAGGAAAGUAUUUGAUGCCUUCGAAACUUAUCAAGAGUUGUACAGAUUCCAAAUAUUAUUGUUUACUGGCAAAGCUGUUUUUUACGUUAUAGCUGUGUUGAGGAUGUCAGACGACUUUUUGAGCUUGAUAAUAAUAGUAACUAUGACAAUUUUGGAUAUUUUGGGAAUAUUGUUCUUCUGUUAUCACUCUGAAGUUUUUCAAAGACAAUUGACGAGGAUCAAGCGUUCGUCGAUUGGUAUCAUGUCAGUGUAUCAAAGCGGCCCAUUACGGGAUAAAGCUAAGAAGAUUUACGAGCUCAUAGAAUAUUCGCCGCCAUGUUUCUCCGUGUUUGAUAUUUGGCAAGUGAGAGCGGACACUUUCAUUGGACUAUGCCGGCUUAUUACAACGUUACUUGUGACAAUAUUACAAUUCGAGUUUCUUUAG